ACCUCAAGGCACGCAUUACUAAGGCGACGGGAGAGACGCCUCCCGUAGCUGCCUCUUCGCCCUCGAGGUUGUGACCCCUCGCGGCUUCCUUAUCUCGCCCACUCCUCCCUGGGCAACUAUCCUGCCAUCUGUCGCAAGUCCGCCGGCAGGGCGGAGGUCAGAGCUGUCAAGUGCCCACGGGGGCGACGAAGAUGGCGGCGGCGGCGGCAGUUGGGGGGACCCCCUUCCCAGCGGCCGGGAAGCUCUAACAUGAACCCUUCUCCGCCCGCCGCGCCCUCGCUCCCGGGACUCCGACCCCGCACGGCCGCGGGCCCCGAAUAACGGGCGCUCGCCUGGGCAAAGUUGGUGUCGCCGCGCCGCUGGCGGCGUCACCCGCUCAGAGCCAUGAUGUCAUUGAAGGGGAUAUACUUUAUGAUUUCACUCUUUUUGGGAAGCUUUUUUGGAAGUAUUUUCAUGUUGGGUCCUUUUAUACCUUUGAUGUUUAUAAGGCCAUCCUGGUAUCGCUGGAUCAACAAUCGCCUUGUAGCAACCUGGCUCACACUUCCAGUGGCAUUGCUGGAGACCAUAUUUCGUGUAAAAGUGAUUAUAACAGGCGAUGCCUUUGUUCCUGGGGAAAGAAGUGUUAUUAUUAUGAACCACCGGACAAGAAUGGAUUGGAUGUUUCUGUGGAAUUGCCUGCUGCGAUAUAGCUACCUCAGACUAGAGAAAAUCUGCCUCAAAUCCAGUCUCAAAAGUGUUCCUGGUUUUGGUUGGGCAAUGCAAGCUGCUGCCUAUAUCUUCAUUCAUAGGAGGUGGAAGGAUGAUAAGAGUCACUUUGAAAACAUGUUGAAUUAUUUCUGUGAUAUUCAGGAACCACUUCAACUCCUCAUAUUCCCGGAAGGGACUGACCUCACAGAAAACAGCAAAGCUAAAAGCAAUGAGUUUGCUGAAAAGAAUGGACUUGAGAAAUAUGAGUAUGUCUUACAUCCAAGAACCACAGGCUUUACUUUUGUAGUGGAAUGCCUAAAAGAAGGUAAUAACCUUGACGCCAUCCAUGACAUCACUGUGGCAUACCCUCACAACAUUCCUCAGACAGAGAAACACCUCUUAAGUGGAAACUUCCCCAAGGAGAUCCACUUUCACAUCAGUAGAUAUCCACUGGAAACCCUUCCAGACUCCAAGGAGGAGCUUCAAGUCUGGUGCCACAAGCGAUGGCAAGAGAAAGAAGAACGGCUCCGGGCGUUCUAUGAGGGGUCGAAGAGCUUUGAAUUCACAGGGAAGAGUGUGAUCCCGCCUUGCAAGUCAGAGUUCAGGGUGCUGGUGAUCAAGUGGGCAUCUAUGCUCUACUGGACCUCGUUCACCUCUGCUAUGGUUAUUCUCAUAUACUUCUACAGUGUCGUGCGGUGGUAUUCUUUUAUCACAAUUGUCUUCUUUGUGCUGCAAGAGAAAAUAUUUGGCGGACUUGAAGUCAUUGAGCUUGUAUGUUACCGGUUCUUAUGGAAACGACUAAGUGGCAAGAAAAAAGAUUGAGAAUAUAGGAUUCACGGGCCAGAAAUCUGAGGGAUUUUUUUAAAAAAUGUUCUACAUACAGCCUUUGUAAACUGAAAAGAUUUUUUUGCAUGAAAAUUUCAAAUCUUUCUUACUACCAUCGUUCUUUGUUAAAGACAUUUUGCACACUUGAUUUUGUGAAAAGGAAAAAAAAAACAGAUGUUGCUCUAUAUAGAAAUUGUUUUUAAUCUCAGAAUGUAAUUUUAAUAUCUUUUCAGCAAGGAGAUGCAGUAGUGAAAUAAUUCUUGCUGGAUUAUUAAACAAUCAUUAGGCUGUUAAUAGGCAAGGUACAUAAUGGAUUUGUAAACUCCAGUCCUGUCAUCUAGCCAAACUGUGUAGCCAAAGGAGAUAGAUCUAUGACUUGUAAUCUCUAGCACAAAUCACGUCUCUUCACUGAAGAGUGAAGGCAGGUUACCUCAUUCAUGUGAGUUGUCUCUUUCUUACCUUUUCCUCUACAUUGCUUUGACCAUCAUUUUCCCAAAAGCCAUGCUCAAUCCAGAUUUCUCUGAGCUCCUUGCUGAAACUUCCUGCCCCCCUUAGAUUAGUCAAAAGAUUUGACAACUGAUCAACACAAAGAAUGUGGUAAUUUAUAAGAGGCUAAUAUUUUUGAUGAACUACAGAGUGAAAAACCAUGUGUGCCCUUCUGCCCAUGAAGGGAACCGGGGCUGCGAGUAAAACAGAGGCUUUACCAACUUCAAAACCUCAAUAUGAAUUUUGUAAUUAGAAAUUUUGCUUCAUUUUGUUGUUAUUAUUGUAUGAUCAGUGCCAGUUUUCCUUCAUAUAUUGGUAAUUGGUACCUUUUUGCCCCUAAGGGUGGCCUCUAUGAAAAAAAAAAAAACAUAUACUGCUACCUUUUUCUUCCCCCCUCCCCCACCCCCCCCAAAAAAAUAAAAGCAGAGUACAAUCUGAAAUUAACAAACUAUGGAUUCUCAAGUGUUUCUGAAAGCCUACAGAAAAGGCAAGGCUGUGUUCCUGUCUUUGAAUAAAAAUCUUAGUUUAGCUCUUAAAAAAAAAAGCCUUAACAAAGGCAGUUAUUAGUAAUAGCCCAGAUUACAUGACAAGAGAAUUUCCCAUCAUAUCCCUGACAAGUGAAACUACUUUUUUGACCUAGUGCCAUGGAACUCAUUAGCAACACUGUUCCAUAGCUUGACUUCUUUUUGUCUCAGGCCACCUCUUUCAAUAGCAGCAUUUAGACUUGCCCUUGACCAGUUUAUUCAGCUAAAUAAAUGUUGCCACCAGUGGAAAGUCCAAGGAACCAACAACAUAAACUUUCAGUCUCUUUAUGAGGCAAGAAAAGCUCUGUACUUUCUUCCUUUAUGAGCAUCUGGCUCAUCUUCCAUAAUAUGGAGAUGGUGGACACAGGAAUGAAAAUGUGAAGCAAGUAAAGUCAUUGGCUGUUAGCAAAUCCAAUGGCUUUAUUUAGCCUCCACAAUCAUUCACUGCAUUGUGUACUUUGUUCACUGGAGUUUGUCUUUAUCCUAUAGAAAAGGGAAGGCUACGUUUCCUCUCCAUGCAUAAAAAUCUGAGUUUAGCCCUUUAAAAAAAAAAAGUCUUAAAAGCAGUUAUGAGUAAUAGCCAAAAUUAGAAACAAAAGAAUUUCCCAUCAAAUCCCUAACAAUUCAGACUAUGCUUAGUUAAAACUUUUUGUGCUAGACAGUGGCUUCUACUCCAGGUUUUAACUUUGUUCUGCAAUUAAAGGGGUAAACACAUAGUAAGUAUAGCUUACUGAGCAAAUUCUUGCAGAAGUACCUGUCCUACUAGAAAGAACAUUGAUGGAAAAUCAUUUUUGUUAGAAAACAGCAACAGAAAAAUCCACCCGAGUAUAUCAGCUGUGCCUUCUGUAGAAAAACUAGUCUAUGUUGAACUAUCUCCUCUCACCCUAUGACAGCUGCUUUUAAUUCCCUGCACAAAGCUACUAAUUAGUUAUUACACACAUGUGCUGACAGCCAUCUGUUUAACUUCAUGGAGGUUUUUUUGUUUUUAUUUUAUUUUCAGGUUGAAGGGAAGUUUACCUUUUUUCCAUUAUAAAAGUGGUUUCUAAUUUAGGGUUGUCUCAGACUUCCUUUGGCUGUAUUUAGAAACUCAGAAAGAGUUUGACAGUUGGGAUUGCUGUGUUGUAGGUGCAAAGGAAAAGGCUAUACUUUCUGUCCUGAAGGUGUUUAUAAUAUAGUCUUUGUAAGCUGAAAUCAUUGCUACUGUCCAAAGCUAUGUAGCUCCCUGUCUGAGGAACAUUUUCCAUCUAAUGUGAUGCACUUUCAAUUCUGAACCUUGCAAAGAAAAACACUUUUUUUCCACAGAAGAUAUUUUUAAAAUAAACUAUAAGCCUUUAAAAAAAAAGAAUUAACAAAACCUAGAGUUCAGAAUCAGAAGUUACCAACACCCACACGAGGGAGAAACCGUUUUUACAAGGCAUUGGGGCGGGGUUGGUGGAGAGAAAAUGAAAUAAACAGUUUUUGCCUGGAAAAAACAGCAUUCCAGUUCCCUUUUUGAACUGGAGAAAAGAAAUUUUUUUUCUCUACAUUUUUCAUCUUUUAAAAACAUUUUCAUUUUAAAUAUAUUUUUUGAAAAUGUUAAAGCAAUUAAUACUUGUUUGUAAUAUCCCAUUGCUUUUGGAAUGACUCAGAAAAAUUAAUAUGAAAAUGGCAAAGAUGCAUCCUUAUGCAUACAUAUAUCUUGAGACCUUCUGUCUUCCACAGUCCCCCACCUUGGUGCUCUAGAAACAGAGCAGCUUCUUUCUGGGCUGCAUUACAGUUCAGAGGUCAUAUUCUCUUAAUCUGUAAAAGGUACAGUUGACGGCCUCGGAAAUUAUUAUAAUUUAGUUGUCCAAAUGUUCAACUUUAAAAUUGCCAUUCUGUGAAAAUUUAAAUACAUAAAAGUCAGCGUGUUUUAUCCAGGGCAUGCAUGGACCAUGAUUUCCUCCAAGACCCACAAGAAAAGUUACUAAGUAAGACUCCUUUUUCCAGACCUGAAUGGAUUAUCAGCAAAAACACAAGACAGAAUACCUCGUUAAUUUGAAUAUUCAUUGAAAGUACAUGGUAAAGGAUGAGCAUUUGUGAACUGUAAGGGGGAGAGGGAUGUGUAAGAAAGACCUCCUUUUAAAGGCUUCAUAUCAAAUUUUAUAUGUUACUUUGUUAGUAAAAUUUAGAAUGCAAAAAUAAUACUCCACUUAGAAUGCCUUACAGUUAGGUCGAUUAGAAAUCGGAGUUAUUCUAAGCCUUACUGUGAAAGAAAGGGGUGUUCUGUGAGCUGAUCGUUCAUCAAAAAUAUAUUGGAGAUGUGACCUCCUGCUGUCUUUGCGCAGUCUCUAAGCUCUGGUCUCAACAGCCAUGCCCUUGUGCACUUUACAGCAGGUUCCACUGGGGGAACUUGUUGGUGGAUUGUUUACAUUUCUUUGUAUAAAUGACAUUCUUUUAGUGCCUUGGUUAAAGAUCUGGUUUAGUUACAGGUAUUUCUGUACUACGUCCCUUAGACAGAGGUUUCUUUUUAUUAACUGAUAGGGAAAAAAAAACAAACAACAAACCUGUUUAGGCUUGUGGUCUCUAAACACUUGUUACUGUUGUUGGUAAACAUCAUUUUGUGGCAACAUUUGGGUGACAGCUUAAAUCCAUGGCAUUUAUUGACUUGUUUCUGUGAUCAGUGAUAUAGGCUGCAUAAACGAAUUUGUCAAUGACUGUGCGGCCUUUACUUUAAAUUUCGUUUUCAGAAAGGAUUCUUGUUUUGGACUGCUUGAUCUUAUAAGAGGAUUGUAUGAAAAAUACCAAGAUAUGAAAACUCACAGAAUGGCCUUAGUUUUCAUCAUCCAUGAAAUAUGUUAAGAUGUUUGUGAGUCAUAUAUCAGUCAUGUAUCAUACAUCACAAAAUAAAAUGGAAUACUUAAACAA